AAGAUGGCAGCUUGCAUGAACACGUUCUGGAGGUUUUCUGCCUUCCAAAAACCGGUUGCGAUUUCCUUGGGAAGGUCUUAUAGUGGUUGGAGAGCAAUAAAACGAAGAAAUUAUUCUGUGACUACUGAUUGUUCAUCUGAAGGAUGGUCCAGCAUGGUUGGCCUCGAGAUUCAUGCCCAGAUACUCUCCAAUACCAAACUAUUUUCUGCUUCUAAGGCCCAGUUCAUGGCACCGCCAAACUCGCUAGUCUCUUUCUUUGAUGCCUCUCUGCCAGGUACUCUUCCGGUCUUGAAUAGACGAUGUGUGGAAGCGGGUGUACUGACAGCUCUAGCCCUCUCUUGCUCUAUCAACAUGCGUUCAGUCUUUGAUCGUAAACACUACUUCUAUGCUGAUUUACCGGCAGGUUACCAGAUAACCCAGCAGAGACUUCCCCUAGCAGUCGAUGGGCGUGUGGAGUUCACCCUCUUUGACGAGAGACGGAAAAAGCCACCAUCUCAUCGGUCAGUCCGCAUCAAGCAGAUCCAGUUGGAACAAGACAGUGGAAAGAGUUUACAUGAUGAGGAUAAUGCGGAGACUUUAGUGGAUUUGAAUAGAGCAGGAGUUGGUCUCAUGGAGCUGGUGACAGAGCCUGACCUAACAGAUGGCACAGACUCGGCAGCUAUGGUAAGGGAACUACAGCUUCUGCUUCAGGCUCUUGGGACAUGCGACGGCAAGAUGGAUGAGGGCUCCCUCCGAGUUGACGCCAACGUAUCAGUCCAUCGCCCUGGUGAGCCUCCAGGCGUGAGGUCAGAGGUGAAGAACAUCAAUAGCAUCCGCUUUGUGAAACAAGCUGUAGAUUUUGAAAUCAAGCGACACAUAAAACUACUGGAAAGGGGCGAGAAGAUUCACUACGAAACCAGGGCAUUUGAUAAUUCACUCGGGAUCACGGUACCAAUGAGAGAGAAGGAGGGUCAGAUAGACUACCGGUUUAUGGCAGAGCCCAACCUUCCACCCCUCAUCCUUCAUGACAACACCACCAUACACCGAUCCUCUCAGCCUCUCAGGGCAAUCAACGUGGAUACCUUGAGGAAUAGCUUACCUGAGCUCCCGAGGUCUAGAAGACAAAGACUAGCAGAUCAGUAUGGCAUGCCACUGGAUGUUGCCCACCAAUUACUUAGCGAGCCUGGCUUAGUGGAAUAUUUUGAAUCUGUUUUGCAAGAAGACUCUGCUAGAGACAGUAAGAGGGUUUUGAAUUGGCUGACCACAGAAGUUCUCAGACACCUCAACCUCAAUAACAUCUCAGUGAAUUACAGCCCGUUACCUGCAUCGUCUUUUGGUGAACUCAUAGACCUGAUGCAGAGUGGAGCAAUAUCAGCAAAGACUGGAAAGACCCUUACCGCAAUGGUAUUUGAUGGAGAUACCAGAAGUUUGACAGAGAUCAUUGAAGAGAAUGGAUGGGGAUUGAUUACAGAUGAACCCACAAUAAGGCAGAUAUGUGAGAGAAUCAUUAACAGCAACACAGAAACAGUGGAGGAGUAUCACCGUGGCAACAAGAAGGCCAUCAACAGACUGAUGGGCAAUGUACAGAAAGAGACGCAGGGCAGGGUCGACCCAAGCAUUGCCAUAGCAACUCUCAAACAACUGCUGAAGCCACGGUGACGAUUGGUAAUGCAAAGAAAAAGACGCUGGAAAGGGUCGGGCCGAGCAUUGCUGUAGUAACCUUCAAACAACCGCUGAAGCCGAGGUGACACUCUUCAUUGUUUGCCUGCUGUUGGUAAAUGUGUGAUGAAUCAAUGAAAAGUCACUCCCUCUGGGUACUUUCUAAGCUGAAGUGAACUAGUAGUUGUUAAAAGCUACUGAAAUCCUUGCAUCUGAUUGGCUCAGAGCAACUUUGUCAGUGGAAAGCACCGAGAAGAAGCUCCGUGAAACGCUUCCCGGUCUUAGAUGGUCAUAAAAAGUUCUUGGGAAGAGGGAGGGAAAAAAGUUCCUGGAGUUUGUUGUAAGAUUAUUGAAGUUAAAAUUGCUUUAUGCAUUUAUGUCAAAAGUGGGAUAUGUACAGAUAAGCCGGAAUUCACGGAGGUGAAAAUGAUUUCAUGCAUUGAUAAUGCUUAAUUCAGCAUGGAUAUUUAGAAUGCAUUCAGUAAAAUGAAUGUGGCGUUUUAUCACAGUGAGCGGAAUCAAUGCUUGUUACCUAGAUUAUAGCAUUAAUGAGCCUUCUAUUAAGAUUAAUUAACAUAAAUAGCUGUCUCAUCAAUAUAGUAACCUUUCAAGCUUUAGUGUUGCUCUCUUAUGCACCCAUUAUUGGACUCUUCAUAUUUUCUCUGAAUGAAGUGUAAUUUUGGAUUAACUCUACAUAAACCAUGGUUUUAAACCAAUCACUUUGUGAAUACGGACCUUUGCGUUUGUUGCAAACUGCUAAGUGUGCGUCACACUUGUCAUGAUUCUGAAUAUGAAAAUGAAUUGCUUCUUCCGUCCACUGGUAGCAAAGAAUAUGCAAAAUAUUUAAGUGAAGAUGUUAGAGGGCAGCAUAGCAAGCAGCACAUGAUUUCUCACUCCCUGCUAAUGAUUUUUGUGCAAUUGUGAAUGGUCGACAUAAUAUUAUUAAUAAUAAAUGUCAUAUUUAUCCAUGGUAUCCACUUCAGUUUCGAAAUCUGUUCUACCAGCGUGCCCUGAUUUACAUGAUAACGUUAUUACCUGCGCUGCCUAUGCUGAUGAAGUGGAUACGCAGUUUAGAAUUUUUUUCGUUAUAAUGAUCAGGAAGCAUAUCGCGCUUGAAAUCAAAAUAAUCCAAACUUGAAUCGCGGGAAUGGAUUGUGUAUUUAGACUUUAAAAAAGGGAUGAUUCAAACCUCAUGUUAUUUUCUUUACAGAUUAUUAUCUCACUUAACCAGGAAUGGAAGUGCAAAGUGCCAGUGGAAUGUUGAUAAUUUUAUUUCGUAAUUCUCCUGGAGAAAUUACAGGAGAUCCCGCCAGCGCAUGCGCAGUCAUUACGUUCGCAGCAUUGAUUUUGCAGUCAUUUUGGGUAAGAUAAAAAAAAAAUUCUUACCCUUCUUCGAGCUGGUUGCUGGAAUUAAUGUGCUAGAACCCUUUUCUUUAACACCCUCCUUCUGACAUCGACAUUGGUUUCGAGUUGGAGUACUUCGCGACGGAAAUUAGAUCAUGAAUCAUGAUCUCUUGAAUGUGGAUACCAGCCCGCCGGCGACUUGGUUGCAGCGGAGUGCGGUUUCUCCACCGGCCAGACGACGUGUUUUCGGAAUACGUGGCUUGAGUCAAGGAAUUGCGUCCGAGUGUCUUCAUCCUCUGGAAUGUUAGCACGAAGUGCUUAGCCACAUCUUGAGUGUCUGUGGAAGAGUAGGUCAAGGAUAGAGCAAAGAUAUGGAAUCAAGCGCACCUGUUGUAGUAAUUCCUGUGCACGAAUGUGACCAGAUUCAGUAAGGAGAUGUUCUGCUCCACUUUCACUAAUGAAAGUACCUAUGGCACCAUAGAAGGCCAACUUCAAGUGGAAGUUACCAAGCAUGAUAAGUAUAACUUAUCAAACAAUGAUGCAUCCAGUGCUUGGAUGGAGUAGGUUAUAUUAUUGAAGAAAAUGAAAUACUUUGCUCUUCUCCAUGGUAAAUUUUUUCUACAAUCAUCCACAGUUCUCCUUUCCUCGUUCACCCUGCUCGGAAUUUCUGGUAUCCUCUUCGAAGCUGUUGCCAUCAUGCUGGCAGUCAGUACCUGUGAAAUAGCACAAACUAUCACCUCUUUCUGUGGUGUGGCCUUGAACAGCAAUAUCAUGACCUUCAGAAAAACGACUCGCGCACCCACAAUAAUUUUUUGUGAAUUUCUCGAGCAAGUGAAAGGCUGUUUUUUACUUUAAGCUUUCGUAAGGAAAAAUCAUGCCCCAUGUCUGUGCGCCAAUUAAUUUUACACACAAA